GUAAAUGCUCGGACCGUUGAGACGCAUUUUCAAAACCGUACUCGCGAGAAGCGCUACAUCAUCCCCAACCAGAAGCUGAAAAACCAGUUUGGGUCCAAGACCAACACACACGACGCCGUACUGUAUCUGUGCGACAGUUUGUGGUGCCGAAGAAGAGGAGAGAAAAAAGAUAGGACGACGCCAUUAGACCCCCCUGUGUCCCCGUGCCACCGUGCCCACGUGCAUCGUUUGCGUGUGUGUUUGUGCUCGGUGCGUUUGUUGCGGCGCAGAAAAAAGGGAACGCGCGAGUGAGGGAUCCGCGUGUGUGCGGCGAAGUUGCAGUUGGCGAAAAAAAGGCAGCAAGCGCAGCUGCUCUCGAGAAGUGCCCCUGUUUUUCCGCGGUCCCGCGUGCCCCGUGCGAGAGCCGGUUCAAGGCCAACGUUUUCCACGCCUCCACCCCGCGCCAGUCACCAGAAGUGCCGGCCAGAAAAUGUUCAGCGGAAUCACCGGAGGAGCCAAAUCGUCGUUGAAGAACCUCGGCAGCAAGGCGGAGGGUCUGUUCGACAAGAAGAAGAAGGAAGCCCAGGAUCUGACGAACGAGAAGGUGCAGGCGGCCUCCAGCAUGGCCGAGGACCAGGCCAAGAAGACGCAGGAAGCGUUCACCAAGACCAAGGGCGAGGCCGAGGCACUCGCUUCGUCGGCCGCCGGUGAAAUCGAUGCCACGAAGCAGCAGGCAUCAGCCGCUGCGGAGACCGGCGCCCAGGCGGCCGGAACUCUGAUGGACCAAGCGAAACAGGCGGCCGAGAAUGCGAUCCAGCAGAGCGCCGUCGUCGUGGAGAAGGCGGUCGAGGAGCAGAUGAAGGUGGCCGAGGAGAAGGUGGACGAAGGGAUGAAGCUGGCCAGUGCCGAAGUCGACCGGAAGCUGCAGGAAGCGAACCGGUUCGCCGACGAGAAGCGUGGCGAGCUGGAGCAGAAAGUAACCGAAGUAACGGCAAAGGCACAGGACACUGCCGCUACCGGUGCUGCCGGGCUGCUUGGCAAGCUGAAUCUCGGAAAGUAAACGGCCACAACGUGUCCCACGGAGCGACAACGGAACUCGUCGAAACGAAUCUCCGGAAGUAAUCCUGUAGCACCUUAAGAUAUAUGCUCUUUGCACACAGAUUUGCGCGUCGGCAGCAGCAGCAGCAGCUUCGUUGCGUCGUUGUUAGCCAAGCAACGUGAUGAUAUUAAGCUUUUUGGAAGAUAUUUUUUAAAAUAAAACCCAUUACUAUUAAUGUG